CCCCCGCUCCGCGCCUGCCGCCCGCCCGCGCCGCCUGGGCCAGCGGGAAGAUGGAUGGGCACGUCCUGGGCUGGAUCGUCCUCCUGUGGCUCGCAGCUGAGGUGGAAGGGUUGCAGGUCACCGUGCCUGAGAAGAAGAAGGUGGCCAUGUUGUUUCAGCCUGCUCUGCUUCGCUGCCAUUUCUCUACUUCUUCCACCCAACCAGCUGUGGUACAGUGGAGGUUUAAAUCUUACUGCCAGGACCGGAUGGGAGAAGCUUUGGGCAUGGCAACUUCUGGUUUACAAACGAUGAGCAAGAGGAACCUGGACUGGGAUCCCUACCUGGACUGUGUGGACAGCCGGAGGACAGUCCGUGUCGUGGCCUCCAAACAAGGAUCUGCUGUCACUAUAGGGGACUUCUAUAAGGAAAGAGAUGUCAGCAUUGUCCAUGAUGCGGACCUUCAGAUUGGGAAGUUGAUGUGGGGAGACAGUGGUCUCUAUUACUGCCUUAUUAUUACACCGGAUGAUGUGGAGGGCAAGAAUGAAGAAUCAGUGGAGCUGCUUGUGCUUGGCAGGACAGGGCUGCUUGCUGAUCUCUUGCCCAGUUUUGCUGUGGAGAUUAUGCCAGAGUGGGUCUUUGUGGGCCUAGUGAUCCUGGGGGCGUUCCUGUUCUUCCUCCUGGUGGGGAUCUGCUGGUGCCAAUGCUGCCCACACAGCUGCUGCUGUUACGUCCGCUGCCCGUGCUGUCCUGAGUCGUGCUGCUGUCCCCGGGCGCUGUAUGUAGCAGGCAAGGCAGCAAAAGCUGGGUACCCUCCUGCAGUCUCUUCCAUGCCAGGUCCAUACUACAUCCCCAGUGUUCCUGUAGCUGGUGUCCCGUCUCCUGCUGUGCUGAUGGAUAAGUCGCACCCCCCUCCCUUAGCCCCAAGUGACUCCAGCGGAGGAAGCCAAAAUGCAGUGCGCAAAGGGUACAGGAUCCAGACUGACAAGGAAAGGGACUCCAUGAAGGUGCUGUACUAUGUCGAGAAAGAACUGGCUCAGUUUGACCCAGCUAGGAGGAUGCGAGAACGAUAUAACAACACCAUCUCUGAACUCAGCUCUUUGCAUGAAGAGGACUUGAACUUCCGGCAGCCCUACCGCCAGGUGCGAAGGAAACCUCUGCCUCCUGCAGGGGACCUGGAUGGCGAUGCUGAGUACUGGGCAGGAGUGGUCGGCGGGGGCAGCACGUCAAGAUCACAGGCUGUCUCCGAUUACAGAGAUGAGCGGGACAGUUUCCGGCACAGCCAGCAGAGAUCCAAGUCUGAGAUGUUGUCCCGUAAGAGUUUCUCUGUGGGAGUGCCGGCCGUCUCUAUGGACGAGCUGGCAGCCUUUGCAGAGUCCUACAGCCAGCGGACCCGGCGGGCAGACAGCCAGGAAACUCGGCGUUUCGAGCGGUCAGAGUCGCACGGCGGCCGCGGCGGAGGGCUGCCCCACCAGGAUAGCUCCAUGGAGGAGUACUACACCAAGCGUAGCAGAGGGAACCGAGAGCCGCUGACGGACUCGGAUCGGGGCUGGUCAUACAGCCCACCCCGGAGACGGGCCCAUGAGGAGAAGCACCUACCCAGGCUGGUGAGCCGGACGCCCGGAGGGAGCCAGAAAUACGAUCACUCCUACCUCAGCAGCGUCUUGGAGAGGAAGUCCCGGAGCUAUGAUGAGAGCGGUGACCAUAGUGAAACCCCGUCAAAGCUGAGCUCGCAGCCCAGCCAGAGAGGAGGGGGAACGUACUAUGCCUGGUCACCACCCUCUACCUACAAAGCCGAGAAGUCGCAGCAGCAGCCGCAGCAGCCACCACCACCGCCUCAGCAGGAGGAAGAGGAGGACACCCUACCCCCGUACAGCGAGAGGGAGCUGAGCCGAGGCCCUUCAUACCGGGCCAGGGAGCAGGCCUACCUCAAUGCCUCUGAAAAGAAGAGGAAAAAGGACCCCAAGAAAACAAAUGAUUUCCCAACGAGGAUGUCCCUUGUGGUUUGAAGGACGUGUCAUGUUGAUGGGCUGGAUACCAUGAGGUGACUGCAGUGGAAAAGAUACAGAGCAACAAGCAAGACAAGCCUCUGUGAACCUUUGCGGCCAUCAGCCAUGGACUCUGUUUCAAUUGUUUGUUUCAUCGGGGGAGCAGAGGCUUUCGUAAGAGACAGACUCCCAUGAACAGCACUCAGUCUCAGAGGCUCUGGGAGUCUGCCAGGAAAAUGAGGCCAGGGCUCUCUUUGGCACCCUGUUUUCCAGUGCCCUCCAUUCUGUGCUGGAAGGCAGCCACGUCCCUGCUAUCCCUGCAGCCCGGACCUACAAGCGAGGCUGCCUUUGUGCCUCUUGCCCUGUCUCGUGCAGAGAGAGGUCUGUGUGCAUACCUCUUGCUCUCUCUGUCUCCUCAGUUCUCUGUUUGGAUCAAAAUUGUCUCCAUACUUAUACUGAGAGCCUUUUCUGUAUCAUCCCCAUGCUGGGAGGAGGCCUUGUUCUUACAGCUGCAGACUGCCUCCAGCUGAUGGGGCCCUAAAUCGUGAAAGAAAAUCUACGUCCUUUCAGACACUAUAGAAAAGGACUGAUGAGGUGUUACUUUGGCAAGGGCUGAACAGAGGGAGAGAGACAAUUAUGGGCUGGUUUGUUCAAUAUAUUUAGUUCUGUUGAUUGUGUGAUGAGAGUUGCAGGUGAGAUUGAUGUAUUGUUUUGAAAGUGGAUCAAAGUAGCUUUUAUUGUGAUGAGAGCAUGAUGUGUUUUUUCCCCCAUCCCCAACUGUGAUGUUUUGAUACAGUUGCAUUUCCUUGCAGCUGAGCUAUGACCCUGCAGAGCUUCAAGCUAGAAUAUCUACUCCACCAUAUCAUAAGCAGUGCUCUGGCCUUGCUGGCGCUCUGCUUCCAGCACCACCAGACAUCUGUGCAUAGUGAGUGGCCUUUUUGUUUUAAAGAAGCAAAAAGGAGGAAAGUGUCAGUGAGAGGGCAGCUGCAGAUCUUCAUUCUGUGCUACUGGUAUUACUCCUGUCUGGUCAUUGUUCCCAGACGCUGAAGAGAGCAGUAACAGCAGUGGAAAAAGAAUUAACACUGUGGAUGAACACAAGCUUUGAAAGUCACCUUUUUCACUUACAACCAUUUCAUUCACUUCAAUUGCGACAUGGUUUUAGUGGCUGUUGUCUCAGGAACAGCUGAAUUUAGAAGUGAGUGCUUCACACCAUUUGGAAGCCUGACAUUCUGGUUUUCAUAGGGUAUAAUGCAGUCAUUUCUUUAAUUUUUAGCUGCUAAAAUCAUGAUGUGAAGGAAGAUGAUGGGAACAUUUUAAGGUCCAGUAUCUUGAUCCCUGUUACGCCUAGAAACAACUUAGUGCCCUAUUGUGUUAUGGACAUUGUCAGCCUCUGAAAUGCCGUCUCUGUUGUUACUCUGGAAAUUCGGGGAGCUGUCUGGCCUCAGGUGCUCACUCUGGCAGUACAGUUUUGAACACGAGAUUUAUUAACAUCGCUGCAGUUCUCCAUAAAAAUGAUAGAUUCAUUUCUGUAUUACUCCUUUGCCAGAUCAGUUCACCAGGAAUGGUCAGGGGAGAGAAAGAAUAAUCUCCAUAGAUUUGAUGAUAGUGCAGUUUUCAUGCUAGAAGGUGAAUUGAUGAGAGGAUGGCUUUCUUCUCCUCCCACGCUGCUCUAGUGAUGACUGUAGUUUUGGAAAUCCCAGUCCUGGGUCUUCCUGGCCAGAGAAUGAUUAGCCUGCAGAGGCAUACAAUCAUGGAACCACAGAAUGGUUUGUGCAGGAAGGGACCUUUAAAGGUCAUCUAGUUCCAACCCCCUGCCGUGGCCAGGGACAUCUUCCACUAGAUCAGGUUGCUCAAAGCCCCAGCCAACCUGACCUUGAACACUUCCAGUGAUGGGACAUCCGCAACUUCUCUGGGCAAACUCUUCCAGUGUCUCACCACCCUCACAGUAAAGAAUUUCUUCCUUAUAUCUAAUCUAAAUCGACCCCUUUUAGUUUAAAACCAUUGCCCCCAGUAAAAAGUCUCUGUCUUUCUUAUAAGCCCCCUCUAAGUAUUGGAAAGGCCGCAAUAAGGUCUCCCCAGAGCUUUCUCUUCUCCAGGCUGAACAACCCCAACUCUCUCAGCCUGUCUCCACAGGAGAGGUGUUCCAGCCCUCUGAUCAUUUUCAUGGCCCUCCUCUGUACCCGCUCAAGGAGGUCCACGUCUUUCUUGUGCUGGUGGCUCCAGAGCUGAACACAUUACUCCAGGUGGGGUCUCACAAGAGCGGAGUAGAGGG